CUAGGGAAGUGAGGUCACGCAGUAUGGUGGCUGGGGGCCGGAGGGGCUGAGGAGCCGGUCGUGUCAGGAAUCCGUGUCCAUCUUGCUCGGAAGCUGCGGCGACGGUCUUGCCUGUCUCGCUAGUGUCGAGCGGCGAGACCAAAGCCGCGAUGGCAUCCGAAACCGCAGGACUGUGAGGCAUCAGAACGAGAGCCGGCAGGCCGGGCAGAGCAACAGAACCGGGUCGUGGACGACCCGAGCUGCCGCCAUGGAGCUGAGGGUUGGGAACCGGUACCGGCUGGGCCGGAAGAUCGGGAGCGGCUCUUUCGGGGAUAUCUACCUGGGAACUGAUAUUGCUGCCGGAGAGGAGGUUGCAAUAAAGUUGGAAUGCGUGAAAACCAAACAUCCUCAGCUCCACAUCGAGAGUAAAAUCUACAAAAUGAUGCAGGGUGGAGUGGGUAUUCCCACAAUUAAGUGGUGUGGAGCUGAAGGGGACUACAAUGUUAUGGUGAUGGAAUUGUUGGGACCGAGUCUUGAAGAUCUCUUCAAUUUUUGUUCAAGGAAAUUUAGUCUCAAGACAGUCCUGUUACUUGCUGACCAAAUGAUAAGUCGAAUUGAAUAUAUUCACUCUAAGAACUUCAUCCACCGAGAUGUGAAACCAGAUAACUUCUUAAUGGGCCUGGGGAAAAAAGGCAAUCUUGUCUACAUAAUAGACUUUGGACUAGCAAAGAAGUAUCGAGAUGCUCGAACUCACCAACAUAUUCCAUAUCGUGAAAAUAAAAACUUAACAGGAACUGCCCGUUAUGCAUCCAUCAACACUCAUCUUGGAAUUGAGCAAUCUCGCAGAGAUGACUUGGAGUCCUUGGGCUAUGUACUGAUGUAUUUUAACCUGGGCUCCCUCCCCUGGCAGGGACUGAAAGCAGCAACAAAGAGGCAGAAAUAUGAACGUAUCAGUGAAAAGAAAAUGUCUACACCCAUUGAGGUUUUGUGUAAAGGAUAUCCUUCUGAAUUUGCCACAUACUUGAAUUUCUGCCGUUCUUUGCGUUUUGAUGACAAGCCGGACUAUUCCUAUCUAAGGCAAUUAUUCAGAAACCUUUUUCAUCGGCAAGGAUUCUCCUAUGACUAUGUAUUUGACUGGAACAUGCUGAAAUUUGGUGCAAGCAGAGCAGCUGAAGAUGCUGAACGUGAAAGGCGGGAACGAGAGGAAAGAUUAAGACAUACACGAAAUCCAGCUGUACGUGGAUUACCCUCCACUGCUUCUGGCAGGUUAAGAGGAACGCAAGAUGUAGCUCCUCCUACUCCACUUACCCCAACUUCACAUGCUGCCAACACCUCUCCUCGCCCAGUAUCUGGUAUGGAACGAGAAAGGAAAGUGAGUAUGAGACUGCAUCGUGGUGCCCCAGUCAAUAUCUCCUCAUCUGAUUUAACAGGCCGACAAGACACCUCUCGCAUGUCAACUUCGCAGAUGAUGUUCAUUCAUGUAAAUACUUGACAUUUAGCCUGAAUGAUGUGGGUGUAAAGAAGUUUUUAUUUUUACCUUGACAGCAAUGAGAGGAUGCAAAAUUCUAGAGAUUCCUGCUCGGGUUACUACCAGUGUUCUCCAGUCUGCUGUGCACCGAUGAAAAUUAUUUUGCCAUGGAGGGCAGAUAAUGCAUGGCUGAUCUCCCAUGUUACCAAUGGCUUUACUAGCAAAUAUACCCUAAACUAGAGCGGAAAUUGGAGUUCUCCAAGUGACCUAAAAGGCUCUUGGAGGAACAUGCAGAGACUCCAGCAGCUGCCAUUACAGGACGCUUUUGCCAGAAACCCAAUGACCUUAAGAGAACCCUGUGGUAACAGGACUGGAAAAGAAAGAUGGUUUACAGAGUUCACCGCCUAUUACUGGAUGGCCAUUUCAGUUUUCCCUCCACAGGCGGCAGACUUUACUCCCUUUUUAUUAUUCUACUGUAACUAUAAAUCUUUUACUUGGUUUAAGAAAGUUUUUUGUAUCAUUUUGCUAAAAUUAUUGGCUUACUUCUCUGUAAAGAACUCUUGCUUUUGUCUGAUUUAAAAAUGUAGAGUAUAAACAAUCCUGAACUAAAGGUAAAGACUUGAAAUUUCUUGUUUAAAAGAUUAGUCUGCCAGGGAACAUGUAAAUGAAUCAAAACCAUCUACUGCUAUUUAAAUUGUUUACUUUCAUGUAUUGUCCCAUUCUGAGUCGGUUUUUUCUUGAAGUUUUUAAAACUGUUAGAAGUUUAUUUUGCUGUUUGCUGUCUUCAUUCACACUGGACAUUUAACUUUCUGUGUAGCACAAAUGAAUUUUUUAAUACUCAUUGUGUUUCAUAGAAGAGGAUAACUAAAUACCCUGCAGGAGAGUCUUAAGUAUAGUAGAGAUUGUAAUGAUGAAUUUCUUUUUUGUAAAGAACAUUAAGAACAAAGUGAAAGACUGACGUUUGAGGGAUUUAGAAUUAGAAAGUUUGUUUGUCUCUCUGCUUAGUUUGGGUGAAUGGAUACUUUGAAACAUUGCUUUUACUCAGAAAAUUUUGUUUCUCUGAGGCUGGUUAGCUUGGAGACUAUUACAAGUGCAAAAUAGACAUUGCUGCUGAAUCUUCAAUGAAUUUGCAUGUUUCAUUCAGUAUCCACAUGUUUAUAAAUAAAUACAUUUAUUUAGGCCUUCUGUUACAUGCCGAGACUCAAAAAAGAAUUCUUAUCCAAAAAACCCCUCCAAAAAAACCCAAAAAAACCCUAAACACCCCCACAAACACAGUAACCUAUUCUUGCCAUAAAAUUCUGAUAAUAUUUACAAUUCAGAUGCAUAUAAUAUUUAAUUCUUAAGUAUAUUGAACCUGAGAAUGCCCAGAGUAAUUAUCUAGGCAUGAAUGACUCAACAUGCUCAGGUUGUUGCAGGUGUUGUUGGCUCCUGUUGGUUAUGAAAUAUGGGAAAUUCUUCAUACUGUCUGUUUCUAUAAAUGGUCUCGUAAAACUAUGUGUUCUGUCGUUACGGUACUUGGAACAGUACCAGAACUCUUACGACUGAAAUUAUGGGAAGUUCUGUGCUGGAAAGUAUGUGCAGAGAUUUUUGUUUGAACAGUUAGGUAUUUUGAGAAAUUGAGACAAUUUUUAAAGGUAUUUUGGUCUUCAGAUUUUAUGGAAAGUACUUCUUAUUUUUUGGGUGUUUACAAAUUCUUUUUUGUCCCUCUCAAAAGUCCACGUACCAAGUAUUAUUCUUCUUCUUCGGAUGCUUUCAUAACAUUAGCUAUUUGCUUGUGUGUACUCUGGGUCAGACUGGGGGAAAUGUGUGUUUGGGGAGAGUAUAGUGGAAAAGCUCGAGAAUUUGAUCGAUUGGUAAGUUUGCAUAAGAGAAUUAUUUCCUCAGUUACUAUAAACUUUGGUAUUUUAGGCAUGUGCACUACCAUUUGAGCAGUUUUACACUUCACUGUGCUUUCCUUGUAAAUAUCUGUGGUUAAUAGUGUAAUGUUUGAGGGACUUAAAAAAGCAGCCUCUUUAUUUCCUAUGUAUCUGGACCAUUAGAUUGCUGUACUAUACUUAAAAGUUGACUGCAGACUUCUAGAAUUGUACUCACUUGUGGGCAGUUUUUGUCCUCACAAUAGUUAAAUUCCAUCAUGCAGAAAAUAGUUACAGUGUCUAUAUAAACCUGUGUAUAAACCAGUAUCUCAAAGCACUUCAUUUGUACUACCACUGUAUUUGUGUACUUUAACAGUUGUGUAAAUACAUUCAUAAUAACUUC